UUACAGUUAAUCAAAAUGUUAUGUUUGACUGUACUACCUAUCUUAGGUUUAUGGGGAUACACAGUGUAUACUCUGGCAGACAGUAUUAACAGUAGAGAAGAAAAUAACAAGCAACGUUCCUCUGUAUACUAUAGUAUUGAUGUGGGUCAGUUGGUACAUCGUUUACAAGUUGAAAGGGAUAUGAGCGUACUGUAUUUAAGUGCCCUGGGACCAGAAACACGGACAUUCCUGUUAGCAGAAUACUUCAAUACUGAUAGAACUAUUGAUCGUCUGUCAUACUGGCCCGGUGAUCUCGACAAGGCAAAUGGUGCUAUGUUUUUGUCCAAAUCAAGUUUUCAAGACUAUCUUGCAGGGCAUCGACAAAUUUUAAGUCCAGACAGAUUUUCAAUUCAAGAUGAAAUCGAUUUUUACUCCAGAAUCAUUGAUACGACAAUUUAUUGGUUGUACAAUACAAUAACAGAAUCCAAAUUUUCUCUCGUCUGGAAAAUUCUCGUGGCAUAUCAAAAACUUGCAAGUGCAAAGGAAAAUGUUGGUGUUGAAAGAGCUCUUGGUACCAUGUUUUAUUCUCAAGGUGGAUUUGAAUCACAUUCUUAUUUCGAAAUGUAUAACAAAAAACUGCACAGCUUUCGGGCUCAUAUGAAAACCGCAGGCAUGUACUCUGAAUUUGUCGGUCAAAUAUACAAUGUAGGUCUUCAAAAUACUGGUACUAAUAUUACUUCAAUCAUCGAAGCUUUUAGGAAAGAGAUUCAAACAUCAGUUGAAAAUACGACUGUUCUUGAUAUGCGCAAAUCAAGAUAUUGGUUUGAUAACAUGACCAUAUACCUUGAUACUUUGCUAGAUAUUCAAACUCAGAUGGCACAGAAAGUUAUCAGCAUUCUAGAUUUGGCUAUAGAUAAUUUAACUACUGACCUGGCUGUUAAUGCCGUUUUAUUAGUUGUUGUCAUUUUAAUGUGUCCUUUAGUUAUCAUGGCAACAGAAAGUCUUACAAGCAGUAUUCAGAUAUAUGCCCUCACCCUUGUUGACAAAACAAAAGAAUUGACCAAUGAAAAAGAACGUACGGAUGGACUGUUAUAUCAAAUGGUACCGAAACAAGUGGCGAAUCGACUUAAACGACAAAAGAAGGUAGAGGCAGAAUAUUUCAAGACAGUGACUAUAUGUUUUUCUGAUGUCCAUGGAUUUGACCGUAUAACAGUAGAGCUUACACCCAUGGAAAUAGUUAAACUCCUCAAUUCCCUUCACAGUACAGUGGAUAAUAUCUUAGAUGAUUUUGAUGCCUAUAAAGUGGAGACAAUAAAUGAUUGCUACAUGGUAGCUUCAGGUUUACCUCAGCGAAACAAGGAUCGUCAUGCAUCGGAAAUUGCAAACUUUGCACUAAAAAUGCUUAAUACUGUAUCAGAGAUGAAGUUUUGCAGUGGACACCGGUCAAUUGAACUCAGAAUUGGAAUAAAUUCUGGUCCUUGUAUGGCAGGUAUUGUAGGGUCAAUGAUGCCAAGAUAUUGUUUGUUUGGAGACACAGUUAACACAGCGUCAAGAAUGAAGGCGUAUAGCAGUCCAAACAAGAUUCACAUUAGUACCUCAACGUACCUACUUCUUAGUAAACUAAAGAAAUUUCAAAUGAAGAAGCGGGGAAGCGUUUCUGUUAAGGGAAAGGGUAACAUGAUAACAUAUUGGCUUGUAAAGAGCACAGAUAGCUCUGACUCCAAAGAUGUUGAUCUCUGCUCUGAUGAUGACUCAUGUAAGCAGGAUAAUGAGAGCGGUGAGGAAGCCGAGCUUCCCGGAGAAAUUACAACCGUAGAGGACCCACUGUAUAGUGCGUCCCUUAAUUAUCCCAUGCCAGGCAGACAUACCAAAUGUUCCAAUAAAGAUGAAGGUAAAAACAUGGCAAGAGUUGCUCCUACAGUAUCAGAAAAGGGAAAGAGGGUUUCACCUAAAAUGAAAGAAGAAGAGGACGACGACGAUGAUGAUGAUGAAGAUGAUAAAGAUGACGACAAAGAUUGA